AUGCCAUCUACCUACAGAACAAAAUAUGCACACUCGGCCUCAUCAUUAGUUCUGGUUUCUGAAGAUGGAAAUUUAACGGAGGACAUAAGCACAUCAUCUUCAUCGGUGUCCCUCGACUCUUCGUUGCCGUUUCCGUAUGAAAAAAUCAAAAAACGAAAUAGUUCACGUAAGAUAAGAACGCUUUCGCAUCAUCGAUCCUACAACAAUCAACCAAGUCCCAUUGAUGAAGCCACUGAACCUGAUCCACAAGAAAAUUCGAAAAGUAAUGUUAGUACGGCUCGUAAUUCCCUUUUUAAUUCAUCGCACCCUGGAGGUGUCCUGAGCUGGUUUAGGAGGCGAGUGUCAGAAAGGGGAUUGAAAUCUAAAAUCAAAUCGCAGGAUUCUACAACGAUAACCGAAAAAUCCUUGGAGAAGUGA